UUGUGAGGGGAGGUGAAGAAUAUAUAACCUUUCCCUGACUCACACCUUGUAGCAUAAGAACAGCUUAGUAGGUUAUUGUUAUAUUAAUUGCUUCCCCUGCCUAGUGCUAGCUACAAAUUAUUUGUUCUGGUAUUUAUGUUAAGCUGAUUAUGUUGGUACUAUAUACACAGGUGUCCCAGAACAGAAGUAACAGUGGACAACUUUGGUAUGGCAGGUAUGAAGUGAUUAACCCCAAACCUCUGACCAUGUGGCCCACACAGGUGCCCCUCACCCCGAGGGCUAUGUUGAUAAACCUGCAACUAUUACCCUUUCUUACCUCAAUGUCCAAGAUGGUUCAACAUGUUCUUGCAAGCCUGAGCUCAUAGUAAUGUCAACUGACCAAGCACCAGAGAUUGACCAGAGACCUUGUACAAGUGGUUGUAUGUGCCUCGGUUCUUUCCUGUUGCACAAGAAAGGAAGGCCAAGACUACUUGGAUUACAUUUUUCUCCAAACUGCCAUUGCUGUGAACAGCAAGAUGUAAUUGCAAAGAUGACUGCCAAAGGAUUGAGCCGUGCUGGACUAGGGCAUGAUGGAGAAUAGCCAAGCCCAGCCUACCUGAUGUCAUCAUGGGCAACAAGCUAUGUGCCCCUCUGCUGAAGAAAACCUACAGACAUGAGGACUACCCAUUCCAUGUCCGUAAAGACUCUCACCUUCUCAGGUUGUGGGCGGAGAUUUUCCGUGUGCAUGGUGAUGGGGAUUACAUGCGAUGGGAACGCGUGUCUGAUGACGUGGUGCCGGUCAACAUUACCUGUGUGGAGGAUACGCCCCAUACCAUCUUCCAGAUCACUGCCUAUAACAGACACGUGGAGAAAAUAUUUGAUGUCAAGUUAAUACAGCCAGGAACAAUAAUCUGUCCAGCCACAGAGUGUUUUGUCCAUUGGCGUGACUCAGUCAGGCAGUGUGAGUGGGGUUUAAACUUCACCUGCCCCACAGAUGCCAGGAGAUUCCGUGAAUGCUGCUGUCGUGUCAGAAGUAAAGUGUCCUCCAUUUCUUCUCCAAGUUCUCCUGUGGGCCAACAUAGACACGAUAUCUCCCCUACAGAUGGACCAAUGGGACGCUGCGUCUCAUCUGACCUCUCACAUCUGGAAUUUGACCCCCAGGGGUCACCGAGCAAGUCUUCCACAAGUACAUGCCGGGCAGGGGACCAGAGUGCUACAAUGCCACGGGGUCGGCCUGGAGAAGGUGGAGAUUUAGGAGGAGGCUUUUUCCAGCCUAACCUGACCAAACCUCCCUCAAAUACCUCUGUCUAUGACAAUGUGAACUCUCCGGGCUACCGUAAACCUGGUCCACCAGAAAACCGUGUUAGCGGGGCUUUCCGAAGAUCUCUGGUGAGCCCAUCACCUGGACACCCAGGUGCAGUGCAGCCCAAUGGGGCCGUGCAUGUGGAUGCUAAAACAGACAGUCAUCGAUCACCCCAGCACCACCCCAAUCCUCAUCCUCACCAACAUUCAGUGCACUGGUCCCCCCAACAUCAGGUCUUCCCAGAUGUACCUCUGUCACAGACGCGCUCACUUCCACAUCAGUCCUCUAAACAAGCAGCUGCCAGUUACCAGCGCACCUCACAGACACCUCCAGGACUCCAUAGGUCACCUCAGCACACUCCACCUCAUCAGCCCCACCCUUACCCGUCAAAGCCACACCCAGGGCAGCCACACCCCUCACAGCCACACCAUCCACAGCCACACCCACACCCCUCACAGCCACAACCACACCAGCCACAGCCACACCCACCACAGCCCCAGCCCCACGCACCUCCUGGUAACGUGCCCCGCAUACACUGGUCCCCCCAGCACCAACAGUCCCAGCCCAGCUCAGCCUCCAGCACACCCACCAAGAGCAGCAUACUCACCAGCGCGAAGGGUUCCAUAGUUAGGUUCAGCGGGACGGGCUCAGGUGGGGAGGUGGUGCAUAUGGAAACUGCCUUUUUGGCCGAGAAUCCACAACAGAAGUCCCCCCACCUGCAGGUGGACACCACUGCCUGCUCGGGUCAGCUGGAGGUCAAGUCCACCCAUACCUCGUCAUCUGAGUCCCCAGACUGGCCACCACCCCCUGAGCCCCUCACCCCACAGACGCCCCUUGACCCCGUGUGCCACAUGGACUUUGACAGUGACGCGCUGAAGAAAAUGCUGCGCUCUAUACCUCAGCCUAUGACAGACAGUCUUAAAGAUGACAGUGAUCAGGGCUUCCAUGAUGGCAACAAUGUCAAGUUAACAGCAGCCGAUCGACAGAGACAGUUUGCCAUGAGCGGCAUCCACUCACAGCCAGAAGGGGUGAAGGCCAAAAGUUACAACGGUGGACAGGGUAAUCGACAGUCCCCACAGGGGCGUUACCCGGGUGCCCUCCCCUCGGCAGACAGCGCGGACAGCUUGAACAUCUCCCGCCAAACUCGCACCUUGGAGAACGAGUUCCACCUGAGGAACCAGUGUGCCCGAGACAGUUACCCAGAUAGCGGGAUAGGAGGCAUGAACUAUGAAACUGUGGGGUCUGUGUCAGCAGACAGCAGCAAAUCCUCACUGGCUAGGCAGGACACAGGUGUAGACCCGAUUGGUUCCCAGAAAGGUAGUUUCGCCAGCAGUAGCGACGGUGGAAGCUCUUUGAGCGGACAGUCGGGUGAUAUUAUCAACAUGACGGGUGAUGGUGGCGAGAUUCGACAGUUCCUUAAUACAGAGUUAUCUGAUGAGGAAGAGGCGGACAGUGAUGGCAGUAUUCAUACAAUGACGGAAUCACACAUGUCCUACAGCCGGCAGACGGGAGCCAUCCGCAAAGCAGGCUGGCUGGUGGUGAAGAACUGGCUUGUCCACAAGAAGAGGAAAGUUGAACUUGCCCCAAAGAGAAGUUGGAAGAAAUACUGGGUGUGUCUGAAGGGAACAACCUUACUCUUCUUUGAAGGCGACGAGGAAACGGUUGUGGAUGAAAACACUGAAGCACGACAUUUUCUCAUCGUGGAAGGAGGCUUAGCCCAGGCUGUUCCGGAACAUCCCAAGCGUGAGAACAUUUUCUCGUUAAGCACAUCCUUCGGAGAUGCCUACCUCUUCCAGGCUCAAACACAAACAGAGCUCAAUGGAUGGAUCAAUGCAAUACAUUCUGCCUGUGCCUCUUCGUUUGCCAGACAGCAUGGCAAGGACAAUACCAUCAAGCUGCUCAGAAAUGAGGUGUCCAGACUGGAGACAAAUAUUGAUAUGGACCUGAAAAUGAAGAAAAUGGCUGACCUUCAGCUGUCUGUGGUGACAGAUGCCAAAAGUCGUCAGGCAAUAGUCAAACAAAUCGCUCAGUGGGAAGAGAACCUGGAGAAGAUGUAUAUAGAGCAAUAUAGACUGAGGUGCUACAUGGCUUCUCUGCAUGGUUCUGAACUCCCAAAUCCUAAGGUGCUAUUAGGGUCUGUUGCCAAGACGACGAAGGCCAUUCUGGGCCGACUGGGGAUCUUUACAGUGUCCUCGUUCCAUGUGCUGGUGUGUGCCCGCGUGCCCACAGUACCCCCAAGUACGGGCAUGCAGACAGGGCGUAGAGUUGUCAAACCUAUAGCUCAGCGACCAGACACGGCAGUCAGAGCUUCUGCUAGGACACCAGUGAAGACAGCCACCACACCAGAUGGUCGAGCGGAGCGUCGUGGAGAGAGCCCCGGUAGUGGCCUCCCUGCUCUUGAGCAUGAAGAAGGGACUGGUGUGGCAGAGUGUUUGUCCAGAGUGGCCUUACCUAACAGUCAGACUGUAGUCGUGUGUGUAGAUGACCAGAUGUGCGUUCAGGAACUCUUAGAAGCGGUGUGCAAUAAACGUCAGCUCGACCCUCGCGAUCAUUUUGUUCGUUUCCGUGUGGCAGGCUCUAGCAAUAGUUACAGUGUUCCUGACAAGUCAGAUUACAUAUCUAAACAGAACUUUGAUAGUAUUGAGGUGUGUCAGAAGAGCAUGUUCCAGGUAGAGCUUGUGAAGCGAGGGGGUCACACAGCAUUUGGCUUCAGUAUAGAGGCAGAGUUAGCUGAGGACUCGGAGAGAGAUGACGAGUUACAGGUGUAUGUCAGUGAUGUUCAGAGGGGUGGACUGGCGGACCUGAAAGGGCUGUUGGUGGGUGAUGAGAUUUUGGUGAUUAACGGGAAGGUGGUGUCAGAACUGGACAUGGUGUAUGUGGAGACAUUGCUCCAGGAGGCCCAGGUCGUCUGUCUGACCGUCCGCUCAUGUCGCACCCAGCGCCCUUACAGCACCUUCAUGAUGGAGCAUGCUGACCUCUACAUCGACAACAUGGUGUGUCGUCCUCCCCCCAGCCAGUCCCGACUCAGUCAGAAAAUUCUAGGAGAGUUAACUGUGCCUGCUCCAUUAAAUGGCAGAGAUGAACCAAACCAAAGACCACACAGCUCUCCAAAGAAAGUGCCAGCUCCAGCCUUGUCCCCCUCACAGAUUGAUGCCUUGUUAAAGGGAGCAGAGCAGGUAACGGCCAUGUGUAAAUCUCCACAGAAGAGUCAGUCUCCUGGCAGCCAACAGCACAACCUCUCAGAAACCACGGUGACCGCUCAAUAUGCCAAACCACUCAGUGAAGCACAGAAAUUACGCAAAGUCAUCAUGGAGUUGAUAGAUACAGAGAGGGGCUAUGUCAAAGAUCUCAUUUGUCUAACGGAGCGGUACUUAGAACCCCUGAAGGAGGAGACAUUCCUGACUACAGAUGAGAUAGAACAACUGUUUGGGAACAUCCAGGAGAUUGUACAGUUCCAGAAACAGUUUCUGCAUUCCCUGGAGGAAGCCAUAGGGCUGGACGACAAGUGUUCUUCCACAGAAGAUUCCAGAGUAUUCAGGGACGAAGAUGUCAGGAGGAUACUUUUCUCAUUGGGAGGCUCAUUUCUUUACUACGCUAAUCAUUUCAAAGUGUACAGUUCAUUUUGUGCCAGUCAUUCCAGAUCUCAGAAAAUACUCAAUCCAGAAGCCAAUCAGUCAUUACGUGAGUUUCUGCGGGCCAGGAACCCCAAACAACAGCACUCGGCUACCCUGGAGUCAUAUCUCAUCAAACCUAUACAACGAAUCCUUAAGUACCCACUGUUACUCCAACAGCUCCGUAACCUGACUGACCCUGACACAGAUGAGCAUCAUCAUCUAUCAGAGGCCCUCAAAGGAAUGGAGGCUGUAGCUGAACAUAUCAACGAAAUGCAGAAGAUAUAUGAAGAAUAUGGCAGUGUGUUUGACGAGAUGGCAAAGCAGUACAGGGAAACCCACCCUCAUAACAAGAAUGUAGACCUGAGUGUGGGAGAGCUGCAGAUGUAUGGUACUGUAGAGUGGAUCAAUGCCAGUGAGAGUCUGGGUAAGAUCAAAAAAGGCAUGGAGUUUGAGAACACAGUGUUUGUCUUCAGGAUGGGGGUUGUGUUCUUAACACGAGAAAAGGUCAAGCGGAAAAAGACAAAGAGCACCCCAGGUCGUAGUUCGGUGGCCGAGGUGUACGAGAUGGUGGACAGGUACAAACUGCUGAUCCCCGUCCAUGAGCUGAAUGUACGCUGUCACAGUAUGAGUGACACGGACACCAAACAUUGCUGGGAGAUGGUUCACUGUAAAUCUGAGACAGAGGGCAGGCCAGAAAGGGUUUACCAGUUCUGUAACAAUUCUCUGGAGGCCAAGGCAGAUUUCCUACGGAUCAUUCGGCAGACAGUAAAGGACAGCUCCAAGAAAGUUCAGUUUCCCCCGGUGAAAGCCCCUGGAAAGGGCAAAUACAUUCCAUUGGGAGGAAAGAAGCUAGAGAGUUUACAAACAAAUCCUCGGAACGCAGGAAAGAAACGGAAUGGCAAGGAUCCACAGCAGCCCGAGAGACAUUCAAUGAACCUGGAGGAGAAUGUGCACACCUUAGAAUACGACAAUACGUUUAGGACUAGAAGUAAAACGAUCGGUGAUUUGAACAAUGAGGUGGAGGAGGAGGACACAUUAGCGAGUCCAUUCAUGACGGGCUCUGAUUUACAGAUGGUCCCAUUCAUGACGGGCUCAGAACCACAGAUCACACAGACUAGGGCUAGUCCGUCUUCCUCCACCUCAAACCUGAGCGGGUCAAGCCACGGCUCUGCUAAACUUCUCCAUGCCAGUGCUAACCCCACUAGUUUCUCAGCACCUGUGGCCAACAAGAAUGCUGAUGGCUCCCCUAUCUGGAAACCUCGGGAUGAUAGCCCGACCUUGCCCUCCCCGACGUACGAGAACCCGCCUCCGAUGAGUCAGGGGCCGGUGAACAGUCGAGCGUCUGUCUAUGGGGACUGCUCAGAGAUUGUGUACAGGAAUGAUAAUGCUACUCUAUUUUUUAAUGAUCCAUCAGUGCAAGCACAAUCAACUUUUAAGGACACAGAGUGCUGAGUGGGAUGUGAGAUGCAUGGUAAACAUGUUUACAACAGUAUUCACUGUGGCAAGGCUCACUGCAGGUAUCGGUGCCAAACUUUCUACAGUUGUGAUAUGGAUCUCAUAAUUAAAUGCUGUCGUGCAGGCGUGAACUGCAAAGGUAUCUCAAGGCUGAUAAUGUGAACUUUGUGUUUCUGAGCCUGGAAAAUCAAACUGGUCUCUCAUUGUGGAAAGUUAAAUGGAUUUCAUACCAAGGACAUGAUGGACAGUGCUGAUGUUCUGUUGUUGUGGAGGUUCCUGAUAAAUACUGGACAACUGGCUGUCUGGAGAAUCCUUGUGGAAUGUCUGCAUUGAGAAUGUAUGGAGAGUCCUGAUGGAAUCUCGACCUGUAUGGAGAAUUUUGAUGUUCUGCCCUUCUGAAGAAUUCUGAGGAGGUAUAGCCUGUAUGCAGAAUCCUGAUGGAAUCUCUGUAGGGAGAAUCUUGAUGUUCUACCCGAAUGGAGAAUUCUGAGGAGGUAUUGCCUGUGUGGAGAAUCUGGAUAGAAUCUGUAUGAAGAAUCUUGAUGUUCUGCCCUUUUCUAGAAUUCUGAUGAAAUAUAAUCGGAAUGAGAGAAUCUUAGUGAUAUCCCAGUGUACAACUACAUGCAGGAUGAAGCUCGUAUCUCAGCAAUGACAAUCACUUUUAAUUAGUGAUUUGAAACCAUGUUAUUUCAGAAAAGCAUUGGUAUCUCAUAUUGGAAUAUCACUUGGUAUCUCAGUUCUGAGAAUGACAGUACGUCAGUAUGCACACAGGGACAAUCAUUAUUUAUGACCAUGAUGUUAUAAAAGAAGUUGUAUAUCUUAUGUACAUGGAAUAUGUAGGGAACCCACUGGUUUUGAGGCAAGUCGGCGGAAACAAAGACAAGCUACAAAAUAAUGUCUCUUCUUUUUAUUGAAUUUUUUGCAAUGCAGUUGCAUUAGUUGAUUGCCUUCAUUAUUGCAUACAGGUUUGAUAUGAGGAGUUUGUUUCAGGAAUGAUUUUAUAGGGACUGUGUUGAGCAGAUGUCGUGCUGAUUUGUUUCUUUGAGUGUUAUCUCGUUGAGAAGAUAUGCAAUGCAGCAAAGAUAAGGUUGUGUUGUUAUAUGUGGUAAUUGUUACAACUGAACACUUGACUGAUGUUACACCUGCUGUGAGCAUGGCCAGCAGCUCUUCGACCAACAUGCCAUGGUCUUUUCUAAGCUUUAAUUUACGACGCAAAUCCAGGGCCCGUUGAGCCCUCUCUAGUCUGGCGUUACUAAGGAACUUUUGUCACAUGAUGGUGACACUUUAAAGCCGUCUUUCACGUGGUUCAAUACAAGCAAACCUUUUUUGAGUGCAAUAUCGUUAUUUUGUAUGUACAUAUUUCGAUAAAUCUAUAUAAGUAUUGUAUAGUCUAUUUGUGGUCAGUUUUAUUAAGGAAAUAUGCUCUAUUGCCUUCCAUGACAUCAGCAUUUUAAAGCUGUGGCAGCCAUCUUUUUUGUUUCACAUUUUGGUUUAAAGUCUAACUCAUCUGACAAAUGCAUGUAUUUUGUCUGUUUUCAUAAUGUUCUCAGUUUUAUACACAGCCUCAUGUACAUGUAGCUUCUAAAGGGUGAAGUUUGGAAAAUUCUGUUUCAUUUGCAUAAUUAAGUUAUUCUCAUGUUUGUUUGUUUUUUGUUUGUUUUUUUCGGACUUUUUCUAGUUUAUUGAAGGAUCUGUACAUGAAGGAGAAAUCACUAUUUUCGAAGAGAUAUAUAAUUUAUCAUCAUAAAUUCAGAAUAAUGUGAAAUGUAUACAGGAGAUAUGGAAAUCAGAGUUUGAGAUAUGAUGUAUAAUAUUAACUAAAAUAUGUUAUACAAAGAUUAUAGUACUACAUGUAUUUUCCUGGAGAUAAAAGGUGAUUCAUGAGACAAAAAAACAUGUUUUUACAGACAGUGCGUUCUGUGCUUUCGUAAAGCCUUUUUUCGACAAGAAAGUGCUAUAAUUUACUCUUCUAAAUGUGGGUACAUGUAGCUACAUGUAUAAUUGAAACUUCAAGGCAUCAUUUGAAUAAUUACUGUCAAAUUUUGUCAUAGACCAUGACAAUUAUGUCUUACUUUGUUUUAUUACAAAACAUAAAAAUGUAUACACAUAGUGUACAGACAUGAUUGGUUAUCCCGUGGAGACUGAAAAAGAGAAUUGUACCAUUUGAUUGGUAGUCUUCAUUUUCUGUCAAUAGCCUGUGAGAUUUAGGUAAUGCGUUACUGUGUGCUGGUCAGUGAAAAUGUGUAGAAUUUGACUUGAGUACAUCAGGUACAUUACAUUUACCACUAUAUGGAAAUAAGUAAUGUCUAAUACAGUUUAGAAAAAUGCCACUAAGUGUAAUCCAUAGCAUAUGAUAAUGAACAUCACUAAUGUGGUGUCUUCAACUGCUGGCAGUAUGGU